CUCUAUUUCUGCUCGUUAUAAAGAGUUCCUGUUCGGUGUCAACAUGUCGGGCAGUAGGAAACCCCGCUCAGUGGCCAACACUUUGGAAACAGCCGUAACCACACCGAGCGAGAGAAUUCUCAAAGAAUGUCACACUCUUUAUAUCGACGACGAAAACGGCCUCGUGAAAAUAGCCUCCAGGCUGGGCCUGAGAUUGCUACCACCUCGGAAGAAGAUAAUAGUUAUGAUUAUGGGCAAUCACUCUGCUGGGAAAAGCUCCUUUAUUAACUGGUAUGUUGAGGAGCACAUUCAGAAAACAGGCGUUGCCAUAGAAACGCAAGGGUUCACGUUCGUAACCAGUGGCAGGAAACGAGAAUCGCUAACCGGCAAUGCCACACUGCAUCUUUACCCACAUUUCCGACCGCUCCUGGAGUUUAAAGGACUCACGGACUACCUGUCUGCUGAAAUCUCCACCUCAAAGCAGAAGAAGUUCAGCCUGGUGACGUUUGUAGACACGCCCGGGCUGGUGGACGGAGAUAUGGUGUAUCCCUUCGACGUCAAUGGCGCAAUCACGUCUUUUGGCGAGCAGGCGGAUCUGAUCUUCGUGUUUUUUGACCCGAUGGGCCAGGCGCUGUGCAAGCGAACGCUCAACAUCGUGGAGAAGCUGAGUGAGAAAUGCGGAGACAAAUUACGCUUCUACCUCAGUAAAGCUGACGAGGCAGGACGCGAGACAGACAGACAGAGAGUAAUGAUGCAGAUAGUUCAAGAGCUGUGCCGCAGACCAGGACUCAACAAAUGCGGCUUUGAAAUGCCGACGAUAUACAUCCCCAAUCCACAGAGACCGAGCAGGUGCGUGAAUCAGAUCGAAGAGGUGUGCGAGACAAUAGAGAAGAGCAUUAACCAGGCGGUGCAGAAGACCUUGGACCAGCUGGAGAAAGACUGUGACCUCAUCGCCUCCUCCAUCAGCAAUAAGCUGGAGCAGGACAGGAGUAAUGUGAGCUAUAAUAAGAGCAGCCGCUUUAACUCCUUCCUGUGUGGGUUUCUGGCCAUCUUCCUUCCCGCUGUCUUCAUCACCAGCUUUCUCGUCCAUACAUUUUUCCCAGAGGAGCUAGGAGCCCUGUUGGGGGAGGGGCUUGCCGCAACGCUCUACGUAAUUACGAGAAUAGUGCUGUAUCUGUGGGAGUGGAUCCCCGAAGACUGGCAGGUGGUGGCCGUGAUCAUCUUCGGUGCGAUGUGCUACUUCUUCCUUUUCCUCGCCAGGUAUUUUGCACGCCAGAGCAGUAAAACACUCACCAAGAAAGAGAAGAAGAAUCUGAUGGAGUGCAGUGAAUAUGUUAAGGAUGUCCUCAAAGCAAAAAAGAAGAAACUCUAUGAAGAAUAUUUGAAGCAGUGUGCAGCCGAAUACGACUUCAGAUGAACAACGUGGAAGACUGACGAACAAAAGGAAUUUCAAAGCAGGAAUAUGUAGCAAGCACAUCUUCAGGUUAAAUCUUAUGACAGUUCACUAUUAAUGCAUAUUUAUUAUGUGUGUAAACUAUAUAUUUCUCACAGCAUAUAGGGGUCAGUUGUAUGCACUCCAGCUACAUAAAUGACAAAAAUACUCAGUGCCUUUUUUGUUGAACAUGAAUGAAUGAUCUCAAGAACUUAAUACCAGCCUGUAUGUAUUUUUCCUGCAUCUAUUUAAUUCAGCCAGCAGAAUAGUGUUGUUUACAAGUCAAUAAUCUGCACUGAUUUAGUGACUCAAGGUUUUAGUAGAUAUUUGGAGCCAGAUCUCAAGUAAGUAGGCUUGAAAAGCCGAUGCGUAAAUGUGUGUAAAUGACAGGAUUUGCUUUUUCAGCCACGAAAUGGAUAGACUGUGACUUUUGAUCAAACAAAGCUGCCUUUUUUUUUUGAGUCAGACUUGCUACUGUCUUUUAGAGAUUAUGAACAUUUAUGUGUAUCAGGGUUUUGAUCUUUUACUUUUCUAUAUUAUGCUGUGAUCUUGAUCUUAAAGGAAAAUCAUAGUCAUUUUGCUUUAUUUGUAUAAGAAUAUUAUAGAAAAUUCUAUAAUACUAUUCAAAACUGUACCUUAUUCACUGUCGAGUGCACUUAAUUUGGGUGCUUUGGCAUCUAUACUCAUAGGUACAGAAUACCCAUCAUGCAUAUUACUGCCGUAGGUGGUAGAGUUACAGCUGGUUUUACUCUGUGCGAUUUCAACAGUUUUUUAAGAUUAUGACUUGUCACGCUGUAUGAGACGAUCUUGGCUGAAUUCUAUAACAGUCUGUGCGAUAACACGUCCAUGUCAGAUUAUACGAUGAAGAUCCUCUAAUGAUAGAACAGCGAUUGUAGAAAAUUACUAUGUUCUGCUCAUCUGUCAGUGUGAUCCAGGCUCAUGCAGAAAAUGGGCUCACAUAAAUAGACACAUUUGUUAGAGUGAGCUUGAUGUAAUACGGAUAUUUAUUUCUGUUUAUUAGCAUGCUGCAUUUGCAUUUCACCAUUGUCACUAGUGUAUUUGUAACCAUCUUGUGAGUUGAGUGAUCCUACGCCAUCCUCUUAUUGGUGGCUUUUAGAUGAGUGUCAUAACAGCGCUCACGCUCGCAGAGAUUUUAAUCGAAAAUUUCUACCACUGCCAGAACUUGGUCGUCGAAUGCCUUUGGUCCUAAUGGCAUUAAAUUGGACACCAGAUCUCAACUCAUGAGCUAAGAAUUAUUUUUAUUACAAUGUGCAAAUUUGUCCAUGACGGCAAAAUCAGGACGAAAAACACAGCGUAAAUCUGGCUUAAGACAUGACAAAACAACAUGAAGCCUGUGUUAGGAUUUAAACAAUGAAACCAUGUUGAAAUGCUGAUGUGGUUUAGUCACAACUGCCAACCAGUUGAUAGCACAAUGUAUAAAACGAAAUACCAUUUUUGUCUGUAGUUACAGUAUUAAUCCUUGUGUCCUGACUUGUGUUAAAUCAUGGAUUUUUGAUUUUUAGUCUCCUUGCACUGCUGAUUUUAGAGUUUCCUGCUCAUUAAAGCUUAUAUUUAAGGAU